AUGAAAAAAUUACUUUUUAUUUUUCUCAUUUAUUUACUAGUAUCAAACAUUGAUGGUAAACAAUACAACCCUCAUAAACCUCUUAAAACAUGCACUAUCACUGAUGUUAGCACUGAAACUGUAACAUCUACUAUAACCUGUUCGACUGAAAUGCCUACACUCACCUCGUGCCCUGAUAAUAAGCAGAUACCUGAUGAAUGCGAUAGUUGCAAAAAAACAAUAACCACAACUUGCACACCUACUACUACCAUUUGUGCACCUACUUCAAUUUCUGAGGAUGCUUGCUGCAGUGAUGGUGGAAUAGGACGUAAUGGUUUCUUAAUUGAUGCUGCUGAUAAUUGGUAUAAUGUAAUUGACUCAAUAACAACAUUAGAAGAAUGUUGCAAAGCCUGUUAUAAUGAUCCUAUUUGUAUUGCAUAUUUUAUAAACUCUGGUUGUUUCUUAACGACUUUUUAUAAUUCGACUCCUUAUGAUUGUUCUACUCCUUAUGAAGCCAAUUUUCCUGCUGGAGCU